UUUCACUCUCUUUAUUUUGUUGUCUUUCUUAUUAAGACUAUUUUGUAGCAGAUGUUAUAAUAUUCCAGCUGCAAAUUUGUUGUGCAAAUUUUAUAUUUCUCAGAAGAAUUUUCCUGUAGAUAUAUACAUAGGAUAGAAAUUAAUAAGUUGUAGCAUAGGUAUAUAAAAAUAUUUGGGGAGUAAUUCUUAGGAAACAAGAAAUUUUUUACUUCCUUUAAUAAGGACAAUUGUUCUUUAGAUACAAUAAAUCCUUUUACUUUUCGCACACAACAAAUUUUACGCACACACAGAAUUUAUUUUGGUUUUAUUAUUAUGUCAUUUUGUUGUCUGCCAAUAUUGGAAUUAUUUUUGUCAAAAAGUAACAUGGCUUCUGGAAGUGGAAAAGAUCAUGUGUGUUUUCCAGAUGUAGAGAGAGCAGAAUGGUUGAACCAAAUAGUGAAGCAGAUGUGGCCGUUUAUCUCAACCAUGGUCAGAGAUAUAUUGAAAAACAAAGUUGAACCAGAAAUUCAAAAGAAGUUGCCAUCAAUAAUUAACUCAUUUACUUUUGAAGAAGUAGAUUUUGGAAAUAGACCUUUAAAGAUUGGUGGUAUAAGGGUAUAUACUGAACAUGUUCGACCAAAUGAGAUUGUCAUGGAUGCAGAAAUAAUUUAUGCUGGUGAUGCAGAUAUCAAAGUUGCUGUUCAUGGAGUUUCAGCAGGAAUUUCUGAUGUCCAGUUACGUGGAACUUUAAGAAUCGAACUGAAUCCGUUGUUGUCAAAAGCACCACUGAUUGGUGCAAUUCGCUUUUACUUCUUGGAAACUCCAGAAUUUAAUUUUGAUUUCACAAACUUGCUUAAUGUUUUGGAUAUACCAGGCUUAAGUGACAUUGUCAAGAAAAUAUUACAAGAGGUUAUCGAGUCGUUUGUUGUACUUCCAAACAGAGUAACAAUACCAAUUGGAAAUGCAGAGGAUUUGGAAUCAUUGAAGUAUCCGCUACCAUUGGGUGCUUUAGAAAUCAAAAUUUUGGAAGCUAUAGAUCUUGUGGCGCAUGAUAAAAAUCUGUUUAAAAAAGAUUCUUCGGAUCCUUAUGUGAUUUGCAAAGUUGGCUCGUUUAACUUUCAAACAGAGUGCGCUGAGAAAACUUUAAAACCGAAAUGGAAAAACACGAAGUGCAUUACAUUCAUUGAUACACUUGUUGGACGCGAAAUGCGGUUAGAAGUGUUCGACAAAGACACGUUGAGAGAUGAUAGUUUGGGACACGCUGAAAUCCUCCUGCCAAAGUUGACUCAUUCGAGUUCAGAAGAUAUGUGGUUACCUCUGAAAGACACGAAGAGUGGUUCACUUCAUAUUGGAACUGGCUGGUUUGAAUUUAGCGAUGAUGCUUCGAAAAUAAAAGAGAACACACGCUCUGCUUUGUUCAUUAAACUGGAGAAUGCAAAAGACUUACCGGCAGUCAAUAUGGAUGAAGACACCAGCAGUACUUUUGUUGAGAUAUCUGUCGGCAAUCAGAAAGCAAGUUCCAAGACGCAACGUAACACGAGGAAUCCAGUAUGGGAAGAGCUUCACUCAUUCUUUUUAACGAACGCAUCUCAUGAAACUAUCAACUUCAAGAUAAGAGAUGCAGACGCUGAGGAACCACUGGGUGUUGUAGAUUUUCAAAUUUCAAAAUUGUUGGAAAGUCCGAAAAUGACAAUAAAUCAGAAAUUUCAACUUGCUAAAUGUUUUACGAAUGCUGACCUCUGCAUGACAUUGGAAUUGAAGGCGUUGGUACCUCCACCCGCAAACGAUAAGUGAUCAUCUCUAAUAGAUGACGUCGAAACGAUGGAUACAAUUAUGGAUGAUUUAAAGGAAAAAUAGUUAUAAUGAACAUUUAUAUUGUAGACACGCCCUUUUUCUAUUGAGUGUUGGGAUAGCUAAAAUUUCUUAAUAUAUUCAUGUUUCGUUUUGUUCUUAAUAAUUAUAUGAUUUUAGUUUGCCUGAGCAACACUGUAUUAUAUAUAUAUAAAUAGAUAGAUAGAUAUAACAUGUAACGGUAUAACGAAUAAAAAAUAAAAAAUAGACGGCUUUUGAUUUAUUAUUUAUUCAAUGAUUAAAAUAUUUUAAACUUCAUAUUAAUAAAUAUAAACUUCGUAUUAACAAUAAAAUUAUUAUCACCAUUAGAGGCCUUUCAAUAUCUUCAUCAGUAGUGCUUUAUUAAGCUCUUCAUCAGUAGUGCUUUAUUAAGCUCUUCAUCAGUAGUGCUUUAUUAAUACGAAGUUUUUUUAAAUAAAUAAUAAAUCAAAAACCGUUUAUUUCUUACUUUUUAUAGAUAUAUAUCUAUAUUAUAAUGCCCGUAUACGUCUGUCCGUCCGUCCGUCUGUCUGUCACGCAAAAUGGUAGCUUAGCUGCGACGGGCGAACCCGUGGAUUUUUCCACGGGCUAACGACUAGUAUAUAUAUAUAUUGAUAGCGACAGAGGAGAGUCAGUAAUUUGCGUUCUAUCACUGGAUAGAAUUUUUAUUUGUAGAUUUGAUAUUGUUUUUAGUUUUUAGUUUUAUUUAUUCAAACCGGCAUGAUUUUUAGGGCGUAUAUAUACCGCGGAUUUUGUAUAUGUGUAGAUUGCAAUAAAUGUAUUUGAAAUGUCUUAUGAAUAA